UUUUUAUUCUGUGUUGCUUGGCUGGUUGGGUCUCGUAUUUGUAAGAUAAUUUUAAUUGAAAUAAGAGUUUCUAGAUGGAUAAACGUGUCUAAUUAAACGCGAUUGACGAUGUCCGACUCGGAAGGAAGUAAUUUUUCUGGCAAUGCCUCUGACGCUGGUAGUGUAGCAUCCAAUCGGUCCCGCAGAAGUGCAGCGUCAAAUCGGUCUCGUUCGAGUUCCCGUGGCUCCCGUGUCUCGCGUUCCCGUUCACGGUCUGGAAGCCGUAGUCCCUCGAGGAGCCCCUCACGGAGUCCUUCCAGAUCUCGGUCGCGGUCACGCUCAAGAAGCAGGAGUCGCUCGGCUGGUUCUGAUGGCAGCCGCAAUAGAGACGACGAGGCCAAAGAGGCUUCUGGCGAUGAGGAAGUUGAGGAUGAGCAAGAGCCGGAGGGAGAUGAUCUGGUAGACUCCGAGGAGUAUGAUGAAGAUGAGGAGGAGGAGAGACGCCGCAAAAAGCGUAAGAAGGACAACCGAUUUGGAGGGUUCAUCAUCGAUGAAGCGGAGGUUGACGAUGAGGUCGACGAAGACGACGAAUGGGAGGAGGGCGCCCAGGAGAUGGGCAUCGUGGGCAACGAGGUGGACGAGGUGGGGCCCACCGCCCGCGAGAUCGAGGGCCGGCGCCGCGGCACCAACCUCUGGGACUCGCAGAAAGAGGAGGAAAUUGAAGAGUACUUGAGGAACAAGUACGCUGAUGAAUCAGCGGCGAUGAGACACUUCGGGGAAGGUGGCGAAGAAAUGUCCGACGAAAUCACCCAACAGACGCUCCUACCCGGCAUAAAAGACCCGAAUCUAUGGAUGGUGAAGUGCCGCAUUGGUGAGGAAAAAGCGACAGUUUUACUUCUCAUGAGGAAAUUCAUCGCGUACCAAUAUUCAGAUGAACCUUUCCAGAUCAAGUCUGUAGUGGCUCCGGAGGGCGUUAAAGGGUAUAUUUACAUAGAGGCGUACAAACAAACUCACGUUAAAAAUAUAAUUAAUAAUGUAGGCACUUUGCGCAUGGGCAUUUGGAAGCAGGACAUGGUUCCAAUUAAGGAGAUGACAGAUGUGCUCAGGGUUGUCAAAGAACAGUCUGGGUUGAAACCUAAACAGUGGGUGAGGCUUAAGCGAGGGUUGUACAAAGAUGACAUUGCCCAAGUGGACUAUGUUGAUCUGGCACAGAAUCAAGUGCAUUUGAAAUUGUUACCUAGGAUUGAUUACACUCGGCUGAGAGGGGCCCUGAGGACGGUUCAGAGCGAGAGCGAAGCGGCCAAGCGCAAGAAGAAGCGACGCCCCACUGCGAAACCGUUCGAUCCGGAAGCUAUCCGAGCGAUUGGAGGCGAAGUUACUUCCGAUGGUGACUUUUUAAUUUUCGAAGGUAACCGAUAUUCGCGUAAAGGUUUCCUUUACAAGAACUUUACAAUGUCAGCCAUUUUGGCUGAAGGCGUUAAGCCCACGCUGACGGAAUUGGAACGGUUUGAGGAACAACCUGAAGGCAUUGACAUAGAGUUAGCAGCGCCCGCCAAAGACGAUCCGACUAGCCUGCACUCGUUCUCUAUGGGUGAUAAUGUUGAGGUGUGCUCAGGAGAUCUCGCCAACUUGCAAGCGAGGAUCAUCGCGAUUGACGGCUCCAUGAUCACCGUGAUGCCCAAACACGACGCUCUCAAAGAUCCAUUGAUAUUCAAACCUAACGAGCUGAGGAAGUACUUCAAACAGGGUGAUCACGUUAAGGUUUUGGCCGGACGAUAUGAGGGUGAUACAGGAUUGAUCGUGCGAGUGGAACCACACCGCGUAGUGUUGGUUUCCGAUCUCACUAUGCAUGAAUUGGAGGUCUUGCCAAGAGACUUACAACUCUGCUCGGAUAUGGCCACCGGCGUGGAUUCCCUCGGUCAGUUCCAGUGGGGCGACAUGGUCCAACUCGAUCCUCAAACCGUCGGGGUUAUAGUCAGACUCGAAAAGGAAAAUUUCCACGUUCUCGGCAUGCAGGGCAAAGUUAUCGAGUGCAAACCUCAAGCUUUACAAAAACGCCGCGAGAAUCGCUUCACGAUGGCUCUGGACUCCGAACAGAACACGAUCCAAAAGAGAGACAUAGUGAAAGUGAUAGACGGACCGCACGCCGGCCGCAACGGAGAGAUCAAGCAUCUGUACAGGAACUUCGCAUUCCUGCAGUCGCGGAUGUACCUCGACAACGGCGGCAUCUUCGUGUGCAAGACGCGCCACCUGCAGCUCGCCGGCGGGAACAAGAACAACGCGACCAACAACAACCUGUCGCUGGGCUUCAUGUCGCCGCGCAUCCACUCGCCCAUGCACCCGUCGGGGCGCGGGGGCGGCGGGGGGCGGGGGCGCGGCGAGCGCGGCGUGGGCCGCGACCGCGAGUUCAUCGGCCUCACCAUCAAGAUCACGGGCGGGCCCUACAAGGGCAACGUGGGCAUCGUCAAGGACGCCACCGGCAGCACCGCGCGCGUGGAGCUGCACUCCACGUGCCAGACCAUCUCCGUGGACCGCAGCCACAUCGCGGGCGCGGGCGGCGGCGCGGGGGCGGCGGGGGGCGGGGGAGCCUCCAGCUACUCGCGCACGCCCGCGCGCACGCCGGCGCUGGGCGCGCACACGCCCACGUACCGCGACACGGGCAUCAAGACGCCCAUGCACGGCUCGCAGACGCCCAUCUACGACGUGGGCAACCGCACGCCGCACUACGGCUCGGCCACGCCGUCGCACGACGGCAGCCGCACGCCGGCGCACGGCGCCUGGGACCCGGCCGCGGCCGCCACGCCGGCGCGCGACUUCGAGUUCGCGCUGGACGACGCGCCGCCGCCCUACGCGCGCGCCGGGCCCUUCACGCCGCAGACGCCGGGCACCAUGUACGGCUCCGACCACACCUACAGCCCGUACCAGCCGUCGCCGUCGCCGUCGGGCUACCAGUCGGGCUACCUGGGCACGCCCAGCCCCGUGGGCUACUCGCCGCGCAGCCCGUACCAGCCCGGCACGCCGGCGCCGGACGCCGCGCCGGCGCCGGACUGGCACACCACGGAGGUGGAGGUGCGCAUCCGCGCCUCGCACGAGGACGCGGCGCUGGCGGGGCAGGCGGGCGUGGUGCGCGGCCUGAGCGGCGGCAUGUGCUCCGUGUUCGUGCCGCGCGAGGACCGCGUGGUGACGCUGCUGGCCGACCAGCUGGAGCCCGUGGUGCCGGCCAGCGGCGACCGCGUCAAGGUCAUCGCGGGCGAGGACCGCGAGGCCGUGGGCCAGCUCAUCUCCAUCGAGAACCAGGAGGGCGUCGUCAAGUUCGGCACCGACGACAUCAAGAUCAUGCAGCUGCGCCACCUCUGCAAGACCAGCACUGCCUAAACCUGUCGCGAGCGCUUUGCGAGAUAUCAUUACACCAAACCCUUGCAGGCGAUGUUGGUUCCAUAGAAAAAAAAAAUUACCCAUAGGUAUAGGAAUGUCGAUAAAUCGUGUAGUUUAUAAUGUGCUAAGCGAACCUAUAAUUAUUCUAAUGUUUGAUCUUGUUUAAAUAAAUAUAAAUAUUAUAACGUAC